AUGGCUCCCGUUUUGGAGAAGAAGCUACUGGGCGCAGCCGGGACAGGCGACACUAUGGAAAAUAACAACGAGGAUGAAGAAGGACAAAACCUUUGGUCUUCAAUUCUCAGCGAAGUUUCCACACGGUCAAGCUCCAAACUGCCUUCUGGGAAAAAUAUAUUGGUCUUCGGAGAGGAUGGGUCAGGGAAGACAACGAUUAUGGCGAAGCUGCAAGGAGCAGAGCACAACAAAAAAGGAAGAGGACUGGAGUAUCUGUACCUGAAUGUCCAUGAUGAAGACAGAGAUGAUCAGACACGCUGUAAUGUGUGGAUCCUUGAUGGAGACCUGUAUCACAAAGGCCUGCUGAAGUUCGCCGUGUCGGCUGAGACGCUGAAGGACAGUCUGGCCGUUUUUGUUGUGGACAUGUCACGGCCAUGGGCCAUUAUGGAGUCGCUGCAGAAGUGGACCAGCGUUUUGCGUGACCACGUGGACAAACUGAAGAUCCCGCCAGAGGAGAUGAGGGAGCUAGAGCAGAAGAUGGUGAAAGCCUUCCAGGAGUAUGUGGAACCAGAGGACACCACAACAGCCUCUCCCCAGAGACGAGCACCCCCAGUUGGGGGAGAAGAUGAGGGUGUGCUUCUCCCCUUAGGAGAAAAUGUCCUAACACACAACCUUGGCAUUCCAGUGCUUGUAGUUUGUACAAAGUGUGACGCGGUCAGCGUCUUGGAGAAGGAACAUGACUACAGAGAGGAGCAUUUUGACUUCAUACAGUCCCACAUUCGACGAUUUUGCUUACAGUAUGGUGCUGCUUUGAUUUACACCUCUGUCAAAGAGGAGAAGAACCUGGACCUCCUCUACAAAUACACUGUGCACAAACUAUAUGACUUCCAGUUCACCACAUCUGCCUUAGUGGUGGAGAAGGAUGCCGUGUUCAUUCCAUCUGGAUGGGACAAUGAAAAGAAAAUAGCCAUUUUGCAUGAAAACUUCACAACGGUGAGAGCUGAGGAUCCUUUUGAGGACUUCAUCGUGAAGCCCCCUGUACGAAAGUUGGUACAUGAUAAAGAGAUAAACGCAGAAGACGAGCAGGUCUUCCUCAUGAAGCAGCAGUCCUUGUUGGCCAAGCAGCCAGCCACACCAACAAGAGGAACAGAGUCUCCUGCACGGACCGCAUCUGGUUCCCCACGGCCAACAGGCCGGACUGGCCCCACCAACGUGGCUAGUGUCUCACCCAUGACUGCAGUGAAGAAACCAGACCCCAACAUGAAGGGAGCAGCAGCGAACGAGGGAGUGCUGGCAAACUUCUUCAACAGCCUAUUGAGUAAAAAGACUGGCUCUCCAGGCAGCCCAGGCACGGGGGCAGGAGGAGGAGCAGCAGUACAAAGUGCCGCCAAGAAAACAGGGCAGAAGCCGGUUUUGACUGACGUCCAGGCGGAGUUGGACCGAAUGACUCGCAAACCCGACUCCAUGGUAACGGCCAACAACACCCCAGCAACGGAGAACGAGGCGUGAGCGCACUAACAGCAUUGUCCGCUUAAAACACUCUGGAAGUCAAACACACUUAUAAACAUAAAGCAAACUAUCUAUGACCAAAUUCGCCCCCCGUGUAUGUACAUCAACAAACACGCCUCGGCAUGGCAGAAUGUGUUAAUAUCAGAGAUUUUGGCUCUGGUGUGGGGGAAGAAGAGGGUGAUAUUUGGAGAAAAAGGUUUUGAGUGCUUAUCUGUCUUUUUUCCCCCCCCCCUCAUUUUGAACUCUUUUUUUUUUUUAGUUGU